GGCAGCUCAGAACGGUCAGAAGAGGAGGGUGGCCUCUUUCCCGGCUCCCCAACACCAUGGACAGUUCCCGAUAACCAGGGCACCUCUUCUUCACCCUUGGGGCCUGGGCGUCCUAUGCUCCCUUUCCGGCAAACUGGGAUUUCAUCUACCACUCUCCAAGCCAUAGUGACGUGCCCCCCACUUCCGGUGUUGGGAUCAAGGACCCUUUUGGAUAUGGCUCUUCUGGAACGUUCCAUAGGGGUGGAGGACCUCAUCCUCCUGGAGCCCCUGGCUCAGGAGUCUCUGCUAAACAACCUCCAGUUGCGCUAUGAAAACAAGGAGAUCUACACCUACAUCGGGAACGUGUUGAUCUCAGUGAACCCCUACCAAGAUCUGCCCAUCUACGGUCCAGAGUUCAUUGCAAAAUACCGGGACUGCACCUUCUACGAGGAGAAGCCACACAUCUAUGCACUGGCGAACAUGGCGUAUGAGUCACUGAGGGACCAGGGCCGAGACCAGUGUAUCCUCAUCACAGGCGAGAGCGGAGCCGGGAAGACGGAGGCCAGCAAGCUGGUGAUGUCCUACGUGGCGGCCGUCUGCGAGGAAGGCGAGCAGGUGAACUCCGUGAAGGAGCAGCUGCUUCAGUCCAACCCGGUGCUGGAGGCUUUUGGCAACGCCAAGACCAUUCGCAACAACAAUUCCUCUCGAUUUGGAAAGUACAUGGAUGUUGAGUUUGACUUCAAGGGAUCCCCGCUCGGUGGAGUCAUCACAAACUAUCUGCUUGAGAAAUCCCGCGUGGUGAGGCAGCUGGAAGGAGAAAGGAACUUCCACAUCUUCUAUCAGCUGCUGGCCGGGGCAGACGCCGAGCUGCUGAAGGCCUUGAAGCUCGACCCGGACACCAGCGCCCACGCCUAUCUGAACCGGGAGGCGGCCAGAGUGCACGGCAUAGACGACGGCAGAAACUUCACGACUGUCAAGAAGGCCAUGGGCGUGAUCGGGUUCUCAGAGGCCGAGGUCAGGCAGGUGCUGGAGGUGACGGCCCUGGUGCUGAAGCUCGGCAAUGUGGAGCUGGUGGACGAGUUCCAGUCCAACGGGCUCUCAGCAAGUGGCAUCCGCGAUGGGAAAGGCAUCCGGGAGAUCGGGGAUCUGGUGGGUCUGAAUUCAGUGGAACUGGAGCGAGCUUUGUGCUCAAAGACCGUGAAAACUGGCAAAGAAAAUGUGGUCACCACGCUGAGUGUCACCCAGGCCCACUAUGCCCGGGAUGCUCUGGCUAAGAACAUCUACAGCCGCCUGUUCAACUGGAUCGUGAACCGAAUCAACGAGAGCAUCAAGGUGGGCACUGGGGAGAAGAAGAAGGUAAUGGGGGUUCUGGAUAUCUACGGCUUUGAAAUAUUAGAGGAUAACAGCUUUGAGCAGUUUGUGAUCAACUACUGCAACGAGAAGCUGCAGCAGGUCUUCAUAGAGAUGACGCUGAAAGAGGAGCAGGAGGAAUACAAGAGAGAGGGCAUACAGUGGACCAAGGUGGACUACUUUGACAACAACAUCAUCUGCAACCUCAUCGAGCAUAAUCAGAAGGGCAUCCUGGCCAUGCUGGAUGAAGAGUGCCUGCGGCCUGGACAGGUCAGCGAUGCCACCUUCUUGGCAAAGCUGAACCAGCUCUUCUCCAAGCACGGUCACUACGAGAGCAAGGUCACCCAGAACGCUGAGCGCCACUACGACCACACCAUGGGCCUCGGCUGCUUCCGCAUCCGCCACUAUGCGGGCAAGGUGACAUACAAUGUGACCAGCUUCAUUGACAAGAACAACGACCUUCUCUUCCGGGACUUGUCCCAGGCCAUGUGGAAGGCCCGGCAUCCCCUCCUGAAGUCCUUAUUCCCCGAAGGCGAUCCUAAUAACACCUCCCUCAAGCGCCCCCCAACAGCAGGGGCCCAGUUCAAGAGCUCUGUGGCCAUACUCAUGAAGAACUUGUAUUCCAAGAACCCCAACUACAUCAGGUGCCUAAAGCCCAACGAGCACCAGCAGCACCGUCAGUUCUCCGCAGAGCUGGUGGCCACCCAGGUGCGCUACCUGGGGCUGCUGGAGAACAUACGGGUGCGCCGGGCGGGCUACGCCUACCGCCAGGUGUACCCGUCCUUCCUGGAGAGGUACCGGCUGCUGAGCAGGAGCACUUGGCCUCACUGGAAUGGGGGAGACCGGGAGGGAGUGGAGAAGCUGUUGGGGGAGCUGACCAUAUCCACAGGGGAGCUGGCCUUCGGGAAGACAAAGAUCUUCAUUAAAAGCCCCAAGACGCUUUUCUUCCUGGAAGAGCAGCGGCGCCUGAGGCUGCACGAGCUGGCCAUCCUCAUCCAGAAGGCGUACCGAGGCUGGCGCUGCCGCACCCACUACCAGCAGAUGCGCAAGAGUCAGAUCCUCAUUUCUGCCUGGUUUCGGGGCAACAUGCAAAAGAAACACUACGGGAAGAUGAAGGCGUCGGCAAUCCUGAUCCAGGCCUUUGUGAGAGGAUGGAAGGCCCGAAAGGAUUAUCGAAAAUACUUCCGGUCAGGGGCCGCCAUCACCCUGACAAAUUUCAUCUACAGGAGCAUGGCACGGAAGUUCCUGCUGGGGGUGAAGAAUAAUCUGCCCUCCCACAAUGUCCUGGACGGGCAGUGGCCAGCGGCUCCUUACAAGUACUUCAACACGGCUAACCGGGAGCUGCGGCGACUCUUCCACCAGUGGAGGUGCAAGAAAUUCUUGGUUCGACUGAGUGAGAAGCAGAUCCAGACCCUAAAGGAGAAGCUCUGUGCCAGCGAACUGUUCAAGGACAAGAAGGCCUCAUAUGCCCAGAGUGUCCCCAUUCCAUUCCACGGUGACUACAUUGGACUGCAAAGGAAUCCCAAGCUGCAGAAGCUGAAGGGCGGGGAGGACGGGCCUGUUCUGAUGGCAGAGUCUGUGAAGAAAGUCAAUCGUGGCAACGGCAAGACCGCCUCUCGAAUCCUCCUCCUGACCAGGAGGCACGUGAUUCUCGCAGACGAGAAGAAGUCCCAGGACAAAACUGUCAUCGGGCUGGACAGCUUGGCCGGGGUCUCCGUCACCAGCUUCAAGGAUGGGCUUUUCAGCUUGCAUCUGAAAGAGAUAUCGUCCGUGGGCACCAAGGGGGACUUCCUGCUGGUCAGUCAGCAUGUGGUCGAACUGCUGAGCAAACUCUACCAGGCGACCCUGGAUGCCACACAGACCCGGCUCCCGGUCUUGGUGACUGAUAAGUUCUCAAUGAGUUUCAAGGAGGGCAAAGUGGACGUCAAGGUCGUCCAGGGCCCUGGGGGCGGUGGGAGCGGCAAGCUGAGCUGCAAGAAGAAGGGGCACCAGUGCCUGGAAGUGACUGUGUCGUGAGGAGGUGGCUCCUGCUUCAGAGAGGGCUGCAGCUUCCUCCUGGACUAGAAGGGACCCACCUCCCGCCCACCUCUGAGGGAGGGUCUCGCCCUCACCCUUCGGAUGGUGGGCUGAGCCCUUGCAGGCGCCUCUCCUUCCUGCGCCUCCCCCGGCUUCUCUUCCGACUUUGCCUCCUUCCUAUUCUCAGUCUCCUGCCCACCAAUGAAAUA